AUGUCACAGAAAGAUCAUCAUGAAGGAGGAGACAAGCCAGCAAGGGUAACAUCACCAACACCAACACCAACACCGCCAACAACAAUGACGCUUGACAAGAUAAUAGCUAAACCACUAUCAUCAUUUGCAACCAAGAUGAGUCCGGUCAAACCACCAUUAUCAUCUCCCUUUUCCCCGACGUUGUCUUAUUCUUCCUCUUCUUCUUCUUCUUCUUCAUCCGCACCAUCUCCAUUAUCUUCAUCAUCUUCUUCAUCGACAUCGUCAUCCAUGUCAACAUCACCAUUAUUCCCACUCAUUGGUACUAAACCAAAGAAACAUCAACAUCAACAUCAACAACAAGAAGUAGCAGCAACGGUAGUGACAUCAGAACCAUUGGCCAAGAAACGGGUUGCUGCAAGUUCAGCAUCCUAUGUCUCCCCUUAUUAUGCAAAGAAGGCAUUGGCAGGAAUAGUCAAUGAGGUGGAAGUUGAUUUGAUAUCCACCUUGAUACGUCCACCCAAACCAAUCGACAAGGUAGAAUCACAGGUUGACAAGGAAGUCAAGUCACUCUAUCCACAACUACAUAACAAGCCGGUCAAGAUCAACACCAAAAAUAUGAUUGGUAUUGGAGAGUUAGAGACAGAGAUGCUUCAUCAUUUUGAUCAACUACAACAACACCGAUUGAUGGUUGCAUCAGUUGCUACACCUCCCGUAUUCCAAUCGACCUCUCCCAAGAUGACUGCUAGUGGUAACAACAAUAAUGCUAGUACUGGUACUAGUGCAAGUCCCAGUAAUAGUGGUAGUAGUAGUACAUCAUCUGCAGUCAGUACACCAACAUUCUCAACAUCGACAAGGACUAUAUCUGCACCACCAGACAGCGCAUCAGCGGUUCAUUCUUCAAUCAAGAAACCACGGCUCCUUAAAAAAGAUACAAACACGAUCCUCCUCAAGUCCACCUCCAAACCCAUCAAAAUACCCAAGAAACUCGAAAAGGUAAAACAAAAGUGUAUCCUCUACAAAGAACCCGACCGAAAUCUCCGUGGAGAUUGGACCGUGUCAGAUGACUAUCUCCUCUUACUACUAUCCCAACGAUUUAAAGAUAUACAAUCAAUUUAUAAUUGGUCAGUUCUACAACAUCAACAACAAAAGGAAAGAGAAAUAGAAAGAGAAAGAGAGAAAGGAGAAGAAAAAGAGAAAACAGACAUGUUGGAAAAAAAGAGAAAACGAACAACAACAACAAAGACACUGGAUUGGGGAGACAACUUGGUAUUUUCAAGACAAUUUACAAUAGAGGAAAUGGAAAAGAGAUGGGGAUCAAUGUUGUAUGAUGAAAAGACAUCUAGUGAGGCUGCUAGUAUGAUGGCAUUGAAUCCUUCCCUAUGCUCAAAACCACAGGUAUUUAGAAAAGAGGAAGAGGAUGCUUUGGACAAUGCACCGUUUAGUUUGGAUCUUGAAUCAUUUGAAAAAUUCCUUCAAGACAAACGUGAACACUUUCAUGCCUCGAGAACAACUAGAGGACUCCAAAAACAAUAUAGAGAUCGGUUACUCGAUCAGGAUAUCUCAUCGAAUUCAAACUAUCUAAAUUAUCUAUUUAAAGAUCAACGUCAAAAAAUUGAUCAUCACAAUCAAAUGAAAAAGGAAUCAUCAACUAUUGGAUCAAAUAAUCAACAAUUACAACUUGUUACAUCAUCAAAUGUCAAUGAUGGUGAAGAUGAACAACAACAACAAUUACAACGACAAAACAUGUAUAAUUAUUUAUUUGCCAAAAAGAAUUUAAAUCAUAGUGUCUCGAUGACCUCCUCCUCCUCCUCCUCAUCGAAAAUGAAUGAAAAAGAUGGUGAUCAAGAGAGUGGUAGUACUGUAUGUAAUGGACCAACACCAUGGGAACACUUGAUAAAAUCACCACCAGAUUCCAAAGAAGAAUUACAAAAUGACCUACUUUUAAAUCCAUUUCAAUCUAUUCCAAAGUUUAUGUGGGAUGAUGACAAAGAUAUUGAAUUAAAUGAUGUUAAAUUAAUGAUUAAAGUUGAAAAGGAAUAUGAAGCUGAAAAAGAAAAGGAUUUUAAACAUUUGGCUUGUAUAAGAGGAGAAAAUAUUCGAUAUUAUAUGAAACAAAAGGAUAUUAUAGUUGGAAGAGAUUUAUCGACUUGUAAUCUCAUUGAUUUGGAUCUCAGAGAAGAGACUGAAUUUGUAAAUAGAGUUUCAAAAAAACAGUUUAUUGUAAAAUUAAAAACCAAAACAUCAAACUUUUACAUACACAAUAUAGGAAAGAAUUCUAUCUACGUAAACGGAAAGCCUGUUUCAAGUGGUGCUCAGGAGCUUUUAUCAGAUUUAUCACUCAUCGAGAGAACAGAGAAAAGAGAACAACAACAACAACAAACACCAGAACACAAUUAUAAUAAUAAUAUAAUAAUCAUAAUAUUCAGAAUCAUAAGAAGAAGAAAUAAACAAGAAGAAUAUGAUAUGGAUGAUAACAAGAACAAAUCAUUAAAUAAUAUCUCAAACGAAAAUUCAAAGGUAUUGGUUGACCAGAUCAUAACAAAAGCAUCAGAUAUUGAUACAGAUGCAGCGAUUUCAAUGGUACAAUUAAUCUUCUCAAAGGUGUCUAGAGAUAUUGGAUACUUGCCAUAUUAUACGAAAAUCAUUUCCAAACUUGCACCUCUAUUCAAACUUAAAAUUAAUUUGGAUAUUGGAGAAACUUUGAUUAAAUUAUAUUAUCAUGAAUUUUCACAACUUUCACAAUUAUUACAACAGCAGCAACAACAACAACAACAACAAUCAACAUUAUCAAAUAAUAAUAAUAAUAAUAAUACUUUUACAUCAAUUGAAUCGGCAGUAGGAACACAUAAAUCACAUAUUAUAAAUGCUAGUCGAUUCAUUGCAGAGUGUUAUCGUUAUCAAGUGUUGAAUCAACAACAUCAACAACAACAUCAAAAUAUACAACAACCCAUGGAUAUUGACGAUAGCUUUAGUUUAAAUGGAGCAGGUAGUAGUGAUGUCAAGUUGCUGUCAACUGUCAAACAACAACAACAACAAUAUAAUGGUAUGUUGUUAAAUAAUGAUAAACCAUUCAACCACUUGCUUCGUUUGAAUUUAGAUGGAGUUGAGGGUGGAAGCGGCGGGGGAUCUGGUAGCUCGCUGCCAUCGGGAUUCAUCUCGCCCAAGCUGCCGGUGAAUCGCAGCGACAUGUCUCCUCCAACCAGCUCCAUCUAUGCGGGUCUGACUACCACCUCACCCCCACAAAUCGCAAACAAGACCGCACCGGGUGGUAGUGGCGCGAUGUUGAACAAUGGGCUACUCAGCGGAGUCGUCUCGAAUCUUAUGUUCAACAAUAGUAAUAAUAUUAAUAGUAAUGUGCCUGCACUGUUGGCCAAUAACCCCAACACCACCGGCCAGGGUGGGUUCAGCGGCGCGUUGACAUACCGCGAGUCGCCCGAGCUCAAGCUGUCCGGUGCCGAAUCGGAUCUGGCCGUCAUCUUGUCCAUGAUUGAGAGCCGUGUCGUUGCCAAGGAGUUGCAGACCGACUGGCGCAGCAAGAUAUUGCGUCGCGUUCGUGACAUGGGAGCACUCAUGAAAAAGAGCAACAAGACCGAGAUUUUGGCAGCCAUCUGGCAAAACAUGUGCGAUAACCGCGACGACUACAACCUCUACCUCGAGCUAUGUCUUGACCUAAUCAAACAAGAAGAAGAGAUUGAACAACAACAAAUUGAAAAGGAGCAGCAACUGCAACUUCAAAAACAACAGUUACUCCAAAACGCAGCUGCAGCUGUCACCAUGGCCAUGCCCACUCAUCAUCAACACCAGCAACACUCCUUCUCAUCGUCUCAUACUUCGUCUGCCUUGUCAUCAUUUUCACUUGAACCACCUAGAUUUGAACUUGGUAUUGAUCAAGAUCAUGGUGCAGAACAGUUUAAAAAGAAACCUGCAGCUCGUAGAUCGUCGAUGGCCACACUUCAAAUGGUCCAACAACAGCAACUAUCCAAACUUGCCAUUCCAUCCCAACAACCAUUACUACAGCCACUGCAGCCACUUCAACCUUUACAACAACCUUUACAGCAACAACAACCGGCUAUCAAUGCAAGAAGAUCGUCUAUUGCAUUCCCAUCAGAAUUAACACGUCGUGGAUCAAUGUGUGAAGACUCUCCAUCAUUAUGUCCUCCCGCUCCAAAAUUAAAAUCCACUCCAACUCUUAAAUCAGUUUCCCAUCAUACUACUCCUAUUAUCAAUAAUAUUCCUCCUAGAUCCACUGCUGUACCUACUACUACUGUAGUACCAACCACUACCGCAACUUCUAGUAACAGUAAUAAUAGUAAUAAUGGUGGACAACCAAAUUCAAAGAAACUUAAAUCUUCAAACCUUGAUAGUUUCAAAGAUGUAUUAAUAAUUUCAUUACAAGAUGAAUUGGCUCUUAAAAUGUUUAUUGCUAGAAAGAGUUUGGAUAUUUAUUUUGAUUUAUUAAAAGAUUUAUAUAAAGAAUUUAUUAUUGAAAUUCCAUUGCUCAUUAGUUGUAUUCAUUUAAUUCAACAAGGAUUAUACGAAUUAUCAGAAGUGGAGUGUGAAACUUUAUUCAGUUUGGAGGAGAUGGCACAAGAACAACUCCAAGCAUCCAAAGAAACCGAAGAAAGACAAAAGAAAUUAAAUCUAAAAGAGAACCAACGAUACGAAUGGAAGACUGGAAAAUGGGAAGAAAAACCACAAGACCCACCUCCACCACCAACCAGUUUUUAUGACCUCAAAUCUGAUGUAUUUGUUUUAUAA